AUGAUGAAAUGUCUAAAAGGUACAACGUUUGCAUAUGCUGAUGAUACAGUAAUAAUAGUGGCUGACAAAAAUAUAAAAAACGCAACGGAAACAAUGCAAAAACAACUAGAUAUUGCAACAAAAUGGUGCCACGAUAAUGGCCUUAUCAUCAACGCCAAUAAAACUAAAAUAAUGCACAUAAAACCGCCUCAUUUGACCAGCCCAAACAUAGAAAUAAUAUAUCACAAUCGUGAAUGUUUACACCAAAAAGCCAAUAAUAACACCAAUAAUAGAACUGAUACCUGUUCAACCGUUAUAGAAACAGUUAAUUCUUAUAAAUAUCUAGGAGUGAAUCCUGAUGAGAUUUUGCAGAAUUCACAUUGGAACGAUGAAUUAAAAGUGUGGAAAUUACCCGAAACUUCAAUGGAUGUUUUUAAAUUGCCAUUAGCUUCCAGUUUACGUAAUAAACAAUAUAUGGACAAUGCUUUACAAAAACGCAUCAAUUCUUCGAAUUCUCUUCAAAGUACUUUAAAUAGCAUCAGCUUUGUACCUGUAGACUAUGUUAGGGAAACUAUUAAGUCCAAUAAAUAUAUUUCUCCAAAAAACGACACCACAACUGAUGCCAAUACCUCAACACGCAAUUCAGCUAAUGAAAAAGAAGAACAAGACAAAGAUGAAAGGGAGGAUAAACAAAAUUAUCUAUAUAACAUCAAAAAUGUCAACGGCAGAUCAAUCUAUGCCCUUCAGAAUUUUGAUCAUCUAGAUUUGGACAAAUCGGAAAUUUUGCAAAAUUAUUUUCGCUCUAAUCGUCGAAAACAUACGGCAGAAGUAAGAAAAUAAAUCAACAUUUUCACAAUAUCUGGACAUAACAAUGUGAUAAAAAAUCGGAUCAUAAAUCAAGUGUUACUAUUAAAAAAGAAGACAAUUCAUUUACGAAACAAAAGCUUUAUUAUUCAGUAUUAGUGUUGAAUCUUAGUUAUAUUUAAAAAUAAUAAAUAAGCUGUAACAUAAUAAUAGGAAAAUACUUAUAAGUAUAACUACAUAAAAUGAGUUUUAAACAGAA